AUGCCAUCGUCAAGUCGAAAACGGGCAAGAUCCGACGCGGAUGGCGGCCGUUCUGCCCGCCGGCGAUCACGGCGUGAGGAAGACGGCGACGCCAACGGCAGUGACAACGACGACAGCCGGGGCGAAGACUCGCUGGCCGGCCCGAGCAAUGGCGGCGGUAUGGACGUUGACGACGACGGAGCGUCUAGUAACGCACAGAGCUCCUGGCGCCUCCCCGCGGGCUACGACGACAGCAACCGUGCAUUCCUUCAAGCUCUCAUGGCGCACGGCGCCCUGACAUUCCAGCAAGCCCAGCAGGUCCUGGCUCCCAUUCUCAACGUGAAAAAGAAUCUCGAAGCGACGGCGGCCGGUGCCAGCCCGACAGAGAUCCAGCACCUGUCGCCCGAGGACGUUACAUUUGACACGCUGCGGCACUACAUCAACCAGGCCAAGGCCGCGCUGGUGCCGCUCGACUUUGACAUUCGGUCGGCGACGAACGAGCGGUCGAUGGGCAGUGGCGGGAGUCGUGGGAGCGGUGGCCAAAGCAGCAGCACCAACAGCAGCAGCAGCAACGACCGCCGCGUUUGGGUCCUUGUGAGCACCGACAAAGACCCCAAGUCGCACCUGGCGGUGCUGUUUACGCCACGCAAGCUCGCGUUCAUCCACCGCCUGCUGGACGCCCUGUUCGACACGUACAAUACCCCGCGCAUCGAGGCACUGUGCAUUACGGAGCAGCAGGCUCUUAAAUUGUCGCGGCCACCGCGGACGGCAGCGCGGCCGAGUGUGGGCGGGGAGGCCGACGGAGCUGGUGCUGGUGCUGGUGCUGGUGCCGACGCCGACGGUAAUGCCGCAGCGGCUGCGGCCCGCGACAAGGGCCUCAAGCACUCCGUCGUGCUGUCGCUGCUGGCGUCGUUGGUCCGCCAGGGGUGGCUGGCCAAGAGCGCACAGGGAUUCUACGCGUUGACGACACGCGCCCUGCUCGAGCUGGAGCCGUUCCUCGUCGACCAGUACAACGAAGAGCCGACCGGCACGACGGCCACCACUUGGCAGCGCAUCAAGUACUGCGCCGCGUGCCGCGAACUCAUCACCUCGGGCCUGCGCUGCGCGACGCCGACGUGCACGCUGCGCCUGCACGACCACUGCGAGGAAGCCUUUUGGCGCUCGCAGGCGGCGCGCAACACCACCACCACGACCACCAACAGCAACCACCGCCACCGCCACCGGUGUCCCCAGUGCGACGCGCCCUGGGGCAAAGCCGAGGAUGCCAACGGCGAGGUCGAGGGCAAGCUGCACUUUAUCGGCGAGCGCGCCAUCACGUCGACGGACGUCUACCGGCGCAAGAAGCGCCAAGGCCGGCCGAGCGAGGGCGUCGACGAGCUGAUGCGCACGCUGCAGCCGCGGGCGGCCACAGGAGGCAGUGGGCGAGGAAGAACGGGAGGAGGGGAGGACGAAGUGGCUGCGCCGUUCCGGCAAGCAGCGUCCCGGCGACGGGAGGUUGCAGCAGACGGCGAGGACGAGUAG